CAAACGCUCACACCCAUCUGAAGCCAUCCUUGCAGAAGCCACUAGCUCACUACUAGUCGAUCAAUCUGUUGUUUCAGAGAGAGACGCCAUGAAGUACUUGGCCCAGCUGGUGGUGGCGCUCCUGGCCUUCUCGGCGGUGGUGCUGAUGGUGGCGCCGGCGGGAGCGGAGGCGGCGACCUGCAAUGCGCUGCAGCUGACCCCGUGCGCGGGGGCCAUUAUCGGGAACGCGGCGCCCACGGCGUCGUGCUGCAGCAAGAUGAAGGAGCAGCAGCCGUGCAUGUGCCAGUACGCGCGCGACCCCAACCUGAAGCAGUACGUCGACUCCCCCAACGGCAAGAAGGUCAUGGCCGCCUGCAAGGUGCCCGUGCCCUCCUGCUAAGUCCAUAUUACUGAUUCGCACGAGAGAGCCCAGCGCGCACGCGCGCCUCUGGUCUCUCGCUCUCCCAGCAUGUUCCAUGUGUGUUGUUGUACGCUCGAUCGUAUGCCGUGUGGUGUGAUCGCCAAUGUCGUUUGUCGUCGCCGUUACCCUCUGCCGAUCGGCGAUCUAUGUGGACCGAUGUGUAUCUGAAAUUCUGAAUAUAUGCAAUAAUGAUGAUGUGUCCAGCUAUA